GAGGGAUGAAUCGUUGAUAACUGUAAUUAUUGAACAUCUAUAAUCUAUCAUUAUUAUAGAAAAGUUAUUACAGAUCUAUUUAGAAAAUGAAAAAUUAAUUGAGAUCUGCAUGAAACGUAUAUUUGAUAGCUUAAUAGAUUUGACAGAACGCCACUGCACUUUUGCAUCUAACUUCAUGCUAAUGGCGAAAAGUAUAAUCAUUUGAAUUAAACUAAAUAUGAGUGCCAUUUAAAAUUAUUUCAUUGCGAAUAUAAACUAAAACGUUAUUAUAUAGAAGGAUACACAAUUACAUUAAAGGAUACUUUACAAUGAAUAAAGUUCAGUUAAAUUCACUUUGCCGAGUAUGUCUUUGUAAAAAUUCCGAAAUGUUUCCUUUAAAUUACACUUUUAGGGAAGCAACAGAAUCUGUAAACAAUGAAAAUGAAGAUGAUAAUAUAGUAAUUCAACAUGCCUUGUCAGCUUUAUUUAACUAUAAGGAGACUGAUAGUGAAAAAUUCCCAAAACAAAUAUGUUCCAUGUGCUUAGGUAUUCUGAAAAUAGCUUAUGAUUUCAAAAUACUCUUUGAAGAAUCUCAUCAAAUUAUUUUACAAUAUAUAGGACAGCAUAUUGCACCAAAAGAUUGUGCCAAUAAUACAACUAGUUCUUCUGUAGAUCUUAUUGUAGGUACAAACAAAUAUGAUUUAAAAGAUUUAGUUAUCGUGGAACCAGAAAAUUGUCGUGAAGGAUAUGAUUUUGGAGGGUUCUUAAGGAAUUUAGGGACACAAGUUACAGCAACGUUUUCCGAAAGUUAUAAAAAAUCCGGCUCUACAAUAAAGGAAAUAGUUAGAGAACAUUGUGUUGAAAGUUAUAAAAAAUCCGGCUCUUCAAUAGAGAAAAUACUUGGAGAAAAUUGUGUUGAAAGUGAUAAAAAAUCUGGCUCUUCAGUUGACAAAAUAGUUGAAGAAAAUUGUGUUGAAAGUUAUAAAAAAUCCGGCUCUUCAGUAGAGAAAAUAGUUGAAGAAAAUUCUGUUGAAAGUGAAGAAGAGCAAGAUGAUGAUGAGUAUAUUGUUAUUGAAAGUGAUAAAAUUAAUGAUACAAUAAUUCAUGUUAUUCAUGAUGAUAGAGAAAAAAAUACGGAUACCUCACAGAAAAGUGAUAAUUGUGAUGAGUUGAUUAUAUCUGCUAUGAACUUAAGAUAUGAAUGUAGUGUAUGUCAAAAACUGUAUCGUUCAAAAGCUAGGUUCGAGAAACAUAUCGUUACUUGUGACCAGACUUUAAUACCAAAUUUACAAUGCCAACACUGUUCAAAAUUUUUCAGUUGUUCAAAAAGUUUAAGAAACCAUUUAAAAUUGCAUGAUAAGAAACAGAACAUUUCAUGUGACUUUUGUGAUCAAAAAUUCAAUACCAGUAGCUCUCUCAAGUACCACCAAGUUACCAAGCAUAGUGAAACGAGUUACGUAUGUCAAGUUUGCGGGAAAAAGUUCGCUAUUGCUACUACACUUAACGCACACAUGCAAGUUCACAAUAAAAAUAAAACACAAUGUAUUUGUCCAGUAUGUGGAAAGACUUUCCACUACAAAGGCGGACUCUUUUAUCACAUGAAACAACACACCAACGAAAGAAAGUAUCAUUGUGAUUAUUGUGAAAAAACCUUUUAUACGCUAACCGCUAAAAAACGACAUACUUUAACUCAUACAGGAGCGCGCCCUUAUCAAUGCCAGUUUUGUCCAAAGAGGUUUUUUUCUACAGGGGAAAUGAAGAAACACGAAUAUAUUCAUGCAGGGGUUUUGCCUUAUAAGUGUAAAUACUGUAGUAAAGGUUUUAGAUCCAAUUUUAAUAUGAAAGUGCAUUGGUUUAAUCAUACAGGAAGUUCGGUUUGUGAAUAUUGUUACAGAGGAUUUAUUUCUAAAGAAGUUUUGCAAUUCCAUUAUAGAGUUAAACAUAAAAAUUUAGUUCAAAAGAAAAAAGAUACAUGAGUGAUUAAUAAAAGUUGUGGUUAGUUUUACAUUAGUUUCUAUUAUUUUUCAUGCAAAAAGCAAGCACAAGAUAAAUCCUAUUACACUUGAGUAGUUCGAGUUGUGCCUGCCAUCAGUGGUGAAUCAUUUGGGCUCAUGCAAAUUUAAUACAAAUACUGGAACUGUCAUUUAAUUUUUAUUUUGGUGUUUGUCAGUUUUGAAAAGUGUAUUGUGAAAACGCCUCAAGAAGAAGAAUUUCAACGUACACCUCCGGAAUUAGUUGAAAUAGCUAAUUCCACUAUUCAAACACUAUUUCCGACGAAGUCACCAAAAAUGUAUGAUUUGACUUAUGAAAAAUUUAUAAGAUGGUGCAAAGAAAAUAUUAUACGAAUAUACACAGAAAAUCUUAUGCUUGCUUAUUAUAUGUAUUUGUCAAGAAAAUUUAAAAGUUCGACACUAUGGGCUCAAUAUUCAAUGAUUAAAACUCAAUUAAACAUCAAACAUAAUGUAAAAAUGGAAAAUUAUACCAAAUUAGCUGCAUUUUUAAAGCGACCAGAAAAAAAAUAUACCUCAAAAAAAUCAAAGGUAUUAACAAAAGACCAAUUUGAUAAAUUUCUUCAGGAUGCACUGAAUAAUGUUUAUUUAGCAACAAAGGUAGGCACUUUCUUUUUUUUAUUAUUUAUAAAUUUAUUAAAUUGUUGACAAUAAUAUCUUUUAGGACAUUAAUAAUUAAAUUGACAACAAUUAACAUAUUUCGAACUUGAAACGAUUAUACCAUGAUAGCUCCAUAUCUACAAUAAAAUUUUUUGUAUUAAUUUAAUAAUAAUUUCACUCACAUCGCUCCCCUAUUUUCUUGCACUAUCUACUAAUUUAAAGUCAUUGGAAAAACUGUCUGCUACUACUAAAAAAGUAGAAAAAAAAUUAACUAUUACACAGUUCACCUAAAUAGAAAACAUUUAACAAAAAA